AUGGACCGACAAACGGUGAUAUGCGGCAUGGCCUGUCGCGUGCCUGGAGCCAACAAUCCGAGCCAGUUGUGGGACAAUCUCAUGAGCAAGAGAGACGUCCAGCGGCAGGUCCCAGAUGAACGACACAGAUUCAACGUCGACACGUGGUAUCACCCCAACCACGCAAACAAAGGCACGAUAAAUCAAAAGCGAGCCUACUUCCUCGACCACCCCGUCACAGCAUUCGAUGCAGGGUUCUUUGGCAUUUCCGGCAAAGAAGCAGAGUCCAUCGACCCGCAGCAGCGGCUGCUCCUCGAAGUAGCCUACGAGGCUCUGGAAGAUGCAGGCAUUACUCUUGAUCAGAUAGCCGGCACGCAAACCGCCGUAUUUCAGGGCAGUCUCAGCAACGACUACGGCACCCUGCUAUGCGACCAGGCGUAUUACCCACUGCACAGCAUCACAGGUAUAGGCGAUGCCAUGCAAGCCAACCGCGUGUCUUACUUCUUCAACCUCAAGGGGCCAAGUAUCGUGGUUGAUACAGCUUGUUCAAGCAGUCUGGUGGCCUUCCACCUGGCACACCAGAGUAUCAUCACGGGAGAGUCAGACUAUGCCAUCGUGCUCGGCUCCGCGCUGUACUUCGACCCAACUACCGCCAUCGUUCUGUCAGAUAUGGGAUUCCUCUCAGCAGACGGACGGUGCAGGUCAUUCGAUGCCGACGGCAGUGGAUAUGUCCGAGGGGAGGGCGUCUGCGCUGUUGUCAUCAAGCGGCAAUCAGAUGCAAUCCGCGACGGCAACCGCAUAAGAAGUGUCGUCCGCGCAACGGGAUCCAACCACGACGGCACGAAGAAGGGGAUCACGGUUCCCUCGUCAGAGGCCCAAGAGGAGAUGAUCCGUCGGACCUACCAACUUGCCAACCUCAAGCCAGACGAUACCCACUUUUUCGAGUGCCACGGCACAGGGACCAAAGUCGGCGAUCCAAAUGAGACGCGCGCCGUGGGCAACGUCUUUGCUACCCCGACCAGAAGCCAGAACCUGAUCAUUGGCAGCAUCAAGAGUAACGUUGGCCAUCUCGAGGGUGCUGCGGGGCUGGCAGGCAUGAUCAAGGCGGUCCUGGCCAUUGAGAACAAGUGCAUCCCUCCUCAGAUGCACUUUGACCGGCCGAAUCCCGAUAUCAAAUUUGAAGAUUGGAGACUGAAGGUCCCCACCGAAGUGCUGAGCUGGCCGGAGACGUAUGGCAAGCCCAGACGGGCGAGUCUGAACUCCUUUGGAUACGGUGGUGCCAAUGCUCAUGCAGUUUUGGAGAGUUUUGACAGUGGGACAAAUGGUACUCUGACGGCAAAUGGCACGGCCAAGACUUCAGACCGUCCUUUUUUGUUCCCUGUCACGUCCCAUGCCACUGAAACGGGCCAGCGUCUAAGAGUUGUUCUCGGGGAAUAUGUGACGGCGCAAAAAGGCGACAGGCCAGCCGCUCAGCACCUCCGCGACCUUGCACAUACCCUCUCAGCCCACCGCACAACCCACAAAGUGCGAUCCUUCGCCAUUGCCUCCUCCGCAGGGGCCCUCAUUGCCGAGCUGGAGGAGCCUCGUGAGUCUGCCGAGUGGAAGACGGCUGCAAGCCGCUCAUCAAGCACAACACCUCGAAUCGGCUUCGUCUUCACCGGCCAGGGUGCGCAAAGCUGGGACAUGGGUCGUCAGCUCAUCGAGUGCCACGCGUCAUUCCGACAGACCCUCGAGAAGUGUGAUGCUGUUCUACAAAGCCUGCCCGGAGCUGACAGGCCCGGGUGGUCUAUCGUGCAGGAGCUCUUAAGCCCACGAGAUCCCGCCGAGUCACGUCUCAGCGAAACGCGGCUCUCGCAACCAAUCUGCACAGCCCUGCAGAUUGCCCUUGUAGAUUUGUUGCGGACAUGGGGUAUCAAGCCAAAGGCGGUCUGUGGACACUCGUCGGGAGAGGUUGCAGCGGCAUAUUCAGCCGGUAUUCUGUCACUUGAGGCAGCUAUGGUUGUAGCCUACUACCGUGGCUUCCACAUGAGCCAAAAGCAGACCCAUGGCCAGGCCGGCAAGCCCCAGAUUACUGGAGGCAUGAUUGCAGUCGGCAUGAGCGAAGCAGACAGCAUCUCGGAACUGUCCAAGUUUGAAGGCCGGCUAUGCCUGGCAGCUGUCAACUCCUCCUCCAGCGUGACCGUUUCGGGCGACCUGGACGCGAUCGAAGAAUUCCACGAAGAUCUUUCGAAGCGAGGAGUCUUUGCGCGGAAACUGAUUGUCCAGCAGGCGUUCCACUCGCAUCAUAUGGAGCCCCUUGCCCCGGCAUACGAGACGGCAUUACGCGAGUGCGCGUCGUACAAGACUGAAGCCCGGGACGAAGAUGUGAGAAUGGUAUCUAGCGUCACGGCCAGGAUUCUCCGCGAUGGGGAUGUGGACGCUGCCUACUGGGUUCGAAACAUGGUUGGCGCUGUGCGAUUUGCAGACGCCCUCACAGGCAUCUUGCUGGAUGAUGAUGAGGAACAGGCCGUCGACAUCCUGUUAGAGAUCGGUCCUCAUCCUGCGCUGAAGGGACCUUCUUCACAGGUAGCGUCCGAGCUCAAGGUCGAUAUAUCUUACUUUGGCACUCUCAACCGCAACCAGCCCGCAUUCGAGUGCCUCCUCGAGGCGGCGGGUCAACUGUUCACGUCCAACCACCCAGUCGACCUCGCAGCCGUGAAUGCAGACCAGCAACACCCGGGUCACUUGCUCACAGACCUCCCGACAUACCCUUGGAACCAUCGCCAUUACUGGACGCCCACCACCCGUGUGAUGCGCAACACGCAGCACCGAAAGUACAACCACACCCUCCUCGGGACCCCUGUGCCGCACUCUACGCCCCACCUCAUGCAAUGGCGUAACUACAUACGAGUCUCCGAGAUACCGUGGCUCGCCGGGCACGCCAUCGAGGGCGAGGUCGUCUUCCCUGGGUCCGGAUACCUCUCGCUUGCCGUCGAGGCUGCCGUGCGGUACCCAACAAAUGAAGACAAGACCGUGGCCAAAGUCCGUUUUAAGGACAUCGACAUCAAGGGUGCCAUGACGCUGCGCGACAACGAGGUCGGCACGGAGAUGAUCUUGAGCAUUCAGCCAGAGACCACGUCCGCCAAGGGUUUCAGCGACGAGUGGCUCGAGUUCCAUAUCAGCAGCUUCGACGUGGACGGCCGUUAUUCGGAGCACUGCCACGGGUGGAUCUGCAUCGUCGCGGGCGAGCCUGAAGAGGUAGAGCUUGACGGCUCGCUGCAGCGGUUCCCUUCUAUUGAGGAGCUGAGGCACAGAUCUACGAACCGGCCCAGCUGCGCUGAUCUGUACCGCCGGCUCGAGAAGCGGGGGGUGCAGUACCGCGAUGAGUUCAGGCUCCUGAAGGGUGACAUGGAUGACGGCGAGGGCUUCACAGUGGCAAAUCUCGAGUUUGAUCCUAGCCUCUACAGGAUCGAUGGUUUGCUGGAGGCGACGCUGGUUCCACUGGCGCUGCUCGAUGCGGUUAUGCAUUCAACGUGGUCUGGAUCAUCGGACGGGUGGGAAUGGUGGCCCGACGAGGAUGGCGUCGGUGUGCCACGUUCAUACAAGUCCGUUGAGCUGGCCGGCCACCUCCUCGCGCGUUCAUAUUCGGGAUCCAAUGAUCUCCAGAAGUACACCAUUCGGACCUUUGGUGACCGUGUUGGACUGCGUACCGUCAUCUCCCAGCUUCUGGUCUCGGAUGAGCAGGGCCGGCUUUGCAUCCACAUGCAGGAUCAGGAGAGUACCUUCUUGAAGGAAGAACAGGGCUCGCUCGGUCGGAGGCUGUACUUCGAACAGGAGUGGGAGAACCUCAUCGAGUUUCGCAAUUUCGAACCGACCGUUCCAGAGCAGCUCACUGCGGUUGUUUCUGCAACUCCCUCGGAGACGGAGAUCCACGUUCUGAGACAGGUCCAGAGCCUUGCAGGUCAUCUAACUUGUGUAGAACUGAGCCAGCUCCCGUUGGGCGAUGACAAUUAUCGUAACAUCAUUAUCUUGGCCUCGUUGUCGACCACCAUGGCCUCGGCAGACUCAUUCACACAGUUUCAGAACCUCGCAUUGCAAGAAGAGAAGAACAUGGUAUGGGUGCUUCAGGGUACAUAUAUGGGCGCAGCAAAUCCUGAGAUGUCCAAAAUCGCAGGAUUCCUGAGAACAGCCCGGAACGAGAAUCGUCUCUCCAGGCUUAUCACCCUUGACUUGGACCCCAGCGCGACGGGGCCAGAAGCGGGCACAACGAUCAUACGGGCCCUGGAUAAAACCUUGGACGAAGAAGAGGUCGCAGUGAGAGGCAGCGAGGCCUUUUCCCCGCGUCUUGCGGUGGACGAGGAACUGAACUCCAAGCUCAAUGACAGCAAACCAACGCGACGGCCGCUCCCAGACGACACACCAGUGAAUCUCGAGAUCGGGCACAUAGGCCGUCUCGACACGCUGUAUUUUGCCCCCAACGAAGACAUCCUCAACAAGGCCCUCGGAGACGACCAGAUCGAAUUCAAAGUCCUAGCAUCAGCGCUGAACUUCCGCGACAUCGCCAUCGCAGUCGGCCUGAUCCAGGACUACCACUUCGGCGAGGAAUGUGCGGGCAUAGUCACUGCGGCCGGGGCAAACGCCACCAAGGACUUCCAGCCCGGCGACAGGAUCGUCGUGGCAGCGGGCGAGUGCAUCGGCAACCGAGCCCGCGCCGACGCCUGGCUCGCGCGCAAGAUCCCCCCCGGCGUGAGCGACGUCGCCGCGGCGAGCUUCCUGACCGUGACGAUGACGGCCCUGUACGCGCUGCACCACGUCGCCCGCCUGCAGGCCGGGGACACCAUCCUGAUCCACUCGGCCGCCGGCGGCGUGGGGCAGAUGGCCGUCCAGCUGGCGCAGGCCCGCGGCGCACGCAUCCUCGCGACCUGCUCGCAGGGCAAGCGGGCGUUCCUGAAGGAGCGGUUCGGCUUCUCGGACGGGCAGGUAUUCUCGUCGCGGGACGACUCGUUCAGGAGGGACGUCCUGGCGGCGACGGGCGGCCGGGGCGUCGACGUCGUGCUCAACUCCCUUUCUGGCAAGCUUCUGGAGGCGACGUGGCGGUCGCUCGCGCCGUUCGGCCGCUUCGUGGAGAUUGGCAAGCGGGACGUCCACGAGAACGCGGGCCUGCCCAUGGAUGUGUUCCGGCGAAACGUCAGCUUCUCGUCUAUUGAUAUGGUGCUCGUCGUACAGGAGGACAAGGCGCUUACGAACCGGCUGAUCGACGAGGCUUGUGAGCUCGUCUUUGGGGGCAAUAUCCGAGUGCCAGAUAGUCUGCUCGAGGUGCCUUUCUCAGACGUGGAGAGGGCCUUCCGGCUGAUUCAGCAAGGGAAGCAUAUUGGCAAGGUUAUUUUGGUACCUGGAGCGGGCGAUGUGAUGCUCAAACCCAGAGGAUACCAUCUCCUGACCAAGUUAUUCGACCCUGAAAAGAAGUACCUCAUCGCCGGUGGUCUAGGUGGUCUCGGACUGAAGCUGGCAGAGUGGAUGUACUUCAAGGGUGCCAGGAAGCUAGCCUUCUUCACCGUGUCGGCUCUCAGCCCAACAGGUGAGCUGAGAAAGAGUGCGCGACGCACUGUUGACUGGUUGAAAGCGCGUGGUUGCGAGAUUGAGAUAUACCGAACAGACGUGGCCAACUUGGAACAAGUCCAACAAGCCUUUGCCAAGAUGGGACCUGUAGCUGGCGUGUUCCACCUGGCAAUGGUGCUCGCAGAUGUCUCUCUCCAGGGAAUGAGCUAUAACCAAUGGGAAAAGGUCAUCCGCGUCAAGUGCGACGGCGCAUGGAACUUGCACCAGGUGACGCAGCAACAGCCAGUUGAUUUCUUCACGUGCUUCUCAUCAAUAUCCACAAUCGUGGGCAACCCAGGCCAGGCAAACUACAGCGCUGCCAAUGCGUACCUGGACAGCCUCAUGGAUUGGCGCCGCAGUCAAGGGUGCGUUGGCGCCAGUGUGAACGUCGCGGCCGUAUCUAGUGUUGGCGUGGCAGCUGACCUUGGCCUCAAAUUCGAUGAGACCAUCAACACGCAGGAGCUGAUGCUGCUGGUGGAAGAGGCUAUUUUGAGUGACCGCCGUUUCACGGCAGCUGCAUCAGUUGGUGGCAGCACUCAUGGUUUCGAGCGGAAGAAACUCAUAACCGGAGUCAGUGUCGAUGGGUUGGCUUCAAAUCCCGAGACCAGGAAGAGACCGCUUUACCGGAAGCUCUGUGCCAACAUAGACGUUGGACAGUCGUCUUCGGCUGGGGCUGCGGCCUCUCAGAGCCUGGCCAAGAUUCUUGCGGGAACCCCGGACCUCGAAGAGAGGUGUUCACUCAUCACCGAGCGGUUUAUGGACAAGAUAUCGUCGGUGAUGGGUGUUGAGAUGUUGCUGAUCGACCCAGCUAACCCACCGACAAUAUACGGCCUUGACUCUAUCGUGGCGAUCGAGCUCCGCAAGUGGGUCAAGACCGAGACCAAGGUCGACCUCCCACUCUUUGAGCUUCUGGGAGGGAAGGCGAUCAAGGCUCUAGCGGCAUAUAUCGCGGCACAAGUCGUCGUUACGACCGAGUCUAAGUCUUCGCCAAAUGGUGUUGAGUCGCACUCCAAGACGGCGAAUGGGGUGUCAGAGAAGACAGUCAAUGGGAAUAAGUCUGGACCAAAUGGGGUCACGAACGGUGUCAACGGCAAGGCCGACCACCAUGUCAACGGCUCGGUUGACACCGAGACCCUUCUUACUUGGUGGCGGCAAUAUCUUGCUGACGUACCGAUGUCGGAUCCAUUCGGCCUCGCAAAAGCCAAUGCGAACGGGGUCACUCCCGGCAGGACAUGCAGCACGCCCUACUACACGAUCCCUGCAAAUCAUGUCAAGCGCAUGAAGCGUAUAUGCAAGCAGGAUCUCGCCAUGACGUCUUCCGGCAGUACGACUGGCUUGGCACACUUCAACUUCAUCCUGGGCGCUCUCUGGGCAUACUUAUUCCGGUGUGACGGCGGGCUAGCUAGUGAUACACUGCUCGAUAUAAUUGCUUCUGGCGACGAUGCUGAGCCGGUGCCUGUGCGUCUUCGAUUGAUGCCCCAGAAGUGCAAGGGCACAUUGACUAUUGUCAUCAGCGAGAACUCCGGCGCACCUGCAAGCAGUACGCUUGUUGUGAGAUCCAUUGAGGACGGCGGUAGUAGCUAUGUCGAAUUCACGGGAGCAACUAUGCUUGAAGUCAGGAGUAACGGAGAUGGAGGGAUGGAGCUAUCCAUGACUUUCUCGUCCGAUUUACUUCCGGAGCAACGGGCAGCACAGAUCAUGGGUGACUUCAUAGUCCUCUUGACGGGUGCCAUUCGAGACCACAGGACCCCGGUUGAUGUCUAA